CGAAGCCCGCAUAGCUACCCCUACCUGUGACGCUGGAUCUUUUUGGCAUCACUUAUUGCCCGAGGGUGCGUGAUUAUCGAGAGAUUCUUGCCACGAAUCUCACACACUUUUCUGGCGCAUUUCUAUCAGCAUCUUUUGAAGGCAGGACAACAAUCUUGCAUUGAAAAUCACACCUCUGCAUCUACAAUCAUGUCACCUUCGACAGCUGCCUCGGCCUCGUUGAAAUCGCUUUCCAAGUUCACCUCCUGUGAUGUAUGUAUAUGCUAGCAAAUCCAAAAUCGCGAAGUACCACAUCUCAUUACAAUUCUUCUGAAUCCACUGACAGUCCAUGAACAGGUCGGAGAUGCCCUUGUAAAACUGGGCGUGAAAUAUGGCGGCUUCCUUUCUGGCCUGACCAUGUGGUCUCCUACUCGACAGUCAGGAGCCUCCAAGAUCCUCGGGCCAGCAUAUACAGUACAGAUGGUUCACGCAAACGACAACACUGCUCGCAAGCCGCCCAUUCAUUUCGCAGAUGGCAUACCAAAGGACUCGGUGGUGUUUAUCAGCCAGCCGAAGGGUCUGUACUCCGCGUGCUGGGACGGGUUGAUGAGUACGAGGGCUCAGAAAAUCGGUGCGAAGGGUGUGAUCAUCGAUGGGAAUUUCCGGGAUAUUGGUGAACAUCGAGAUUUGGGGUUCCCCUUGUUCGCGAAAGGAGUCUCAAUUCUUGGCUCGGCUUCGUUUACGAGAUCCUCAACUCUAAAUGAGCCUGUUCAGUUCACAUCCGAGACGCAGAAAGAGCCAUUGACAAUCAAUCCGGGGGAUUUAAUUCUAGCUGACGCUGAUGGCGUGGUAGCCAUUCCUCCAACAUUGGUUGAACAGUGUUUGAAAUUGUGCGAGGAGAGGUGGGAGACUGAUGAGAAGACGAGGAAAUGCUUGGAGGAUGGGGAGGAGAUGGGACCGACAAUCGCCAAGUUGAGAAAAUAAAGUAGUGGCUGUAAAAUGUAAAAAUAUUGAACUUUAAUACAAUGACCAGUGUCUGGAUCAAGCGUGCCG